AUGAUGGCCGACCCCACGAUCCACAGCGUGUUUAGCUUCAAGGUAGGCGUCGGCAAGACGACUGUCACCGCCAACCUAGCGGCCACGCUGGCGGCGCAGGGGUGGCGCGUUCUCCUCGUCGACGGCGACCCGCAGGCGAAUCUGACAGGGUUCAUGACGCGUUACGGCAAGCAGGAGGCCCUGGAGGCCAACGACGUCAAGGUGCAGGAGGUGGAGGACGUCAAGGUGCAGGAGGAGGAGCCCGUCUUUGAGAGCACCGGUGGCUCUCUUCCUUCGUCCGAGCAGUCCUCGCAGGCGUGGUGGGAUGAAGGCAAACCCGGUCUGGUCGAGCCGCACAAAGAAGAGGCAGACGCCAUGAACGUCGGUGGCUUCGGCGAGCCCGGGCUCGACAUGGCCGAGUUUCUGAAGACAGUGAAGAGCUAUGAAAAGCCUUUUGGCACGCUGCCACCACCCGUCCUCCUGAACGGCUACCGCAAGCUUGGCCUGAUCAAGGGCACGCCAAACAUCGUCGACUGGGAGAAGGUCGCCAACAUCGAUCAAGUGGAAGUCCCAACGCUAGGGCGUCUGCGAAGCGGCUUGCUCGAGCUCGGCGAGGGAUUUGACUUCAUCCUAAUUGAUCUCCCGCCCGCUAUCUCGGAUCUGAACAAGCUCUUCCUGACGUGCUCGGACUACAUCCUCAUGCCGGUGGCGUGCGACUCGUACUCGGCCGACACGCUCUUCCAGAUGUUCAAGGGCGACACGGAGAGCGUGCUGCAUAAGAUGAUGAAGUACAUGACCAAGGGGAGCACGAAGCAGGCGGGGGGCAUCAACAAGAAGAAGGCCGGCGGGUACGAGGACCCGGUAACCGGCGACUUCAUUCCUCGCUUCGAGCGCAGCAUCGGUUUGUAUCCUGUCCUGAUGAACCGGUGCCAGAAGAGCAAGGGCUACCAGUCAAUGCACAAGAUCUCGACCAAGUGGUACAACGGCUUUGAGCGCUUUCUGAAUGGCGUGACCCUCCCUUCCGGGUUUGAGUGGGUGAACGACUCCUGCCGCGUCGUCGGAGCCUUCAACGAGAGCGUCGCUCUCAGCAAGCUCCAAGUGGAGAAGCUGCCCGUGGUCCUCUCCAACUCGCUCGCCGUCGCAGAGGUCACCCUACGCGACUCGUUGCUUGCGCUAUCCAGCAUGCUGAUUGUCACGACGGCCGACCAGCUCGAGCGCACCAACCCCGACUUGAUGCGCGUCUGCAAGGCGAGGCAGGGCUGCUCGCAUGGACACCGCGGCUUGACAGCCUCGGAGUGCCUCGGACAGGUGCCUCACUUUCGGAUGGCGGCAAAGCAUAUGCCAGCCGAGCUUAAGCCCCGAUCCCCGCUCGAUGAGACGCUGAUUGAGCUGGUCGAGCGAAUGGUCUACGAGACGAAGAAGCACACGCAAACCAUUCCCAGCACCGGGCGGAGCAAGAAGACGCUCACGUUCCGGGAGCUCCUUUACGACCAAACCAUCAGCGAGGUGGAUGUCACCGAGCACAUGGGUGCGAUCAGUAGCACCUGGGACGGCUACAAGCUCAAGUACGUGAACGGCAGGAUCACCAACGGUGACGUCGAUUUCGCAUUAGUCGACGGCAGCGACGACACGGUCGCGAAGGUGGAGGCAAAGAUGAUCGACUCCAAGCAGUCCACCGAGAAGGACUUUGAUGUGAUGCAAGCCGCCAACCACAACAAGUCUUUGAAGGCAAUCUACGGCAUCGUCUUUGAGAAGGUCGAGGGGCCGGGCAGCGGCGCUUUCAGCGACGUCAAGCAGAUUGCGCUUUACAAGUGGACAAAGCCGGAGGCAACUAAGCCCGCCCAGCCCGUGCUGUUCUGCUUCAUUCCGGGCGAGCACUUGAGGGAGGGUGCAGACGCGGACCUGGCGACGGCGUUCUCCAACAGCGAGGUGCAGAUGUACGGAGACGGCUCCAACAUGCAGGCUCCCCAUUAA